GGGAGACUCAAAGGCAUGAUCACUUGCAUGUUCUCACAAAGAGAUCCACCGACCGGGAGCUCCAAGUAACCUUACAAGCUCAACCUUCUCCGCUUGCGUUCUCCAAGGCCCCAGUGACCAUCUCGACCUCGAAGCAAAAAAAAAAAAAAAAAAAAAAGAGAAAGAGAGAAACAAAGGAGAAAAGAAAACCAACAAAAAGAAAAAAAGACGAAAAAGAGAAAGAACAUGUGGUGGAACGCAGCUGUCAUUGCAGGGCUCGUUGGUAUCGUCUCAGCCGAGACCUACGAGUUCUUUAGAUGGAACACACCCGGCGCAAAUCUAGCAGCCAACAAUAUCUACCGCCGUCAGUUAUCGCCGCCCGGCUAUAGCCCUGAGUUUGGGAGUUGCGGAACUGGACGGACCUGCGAGGACGCCUGCGGUCCGAAUUGGGAGUCCUGCCAGGCUUCGACGAGCCUCUCGUUGUUUUGCUACAACCGGGUCGACCUGAACCAAACUUGUUGCGAGAACGGGUCUGGACGCGCCUGUGACAGUGGCUACUACUGCGCCUGGGAGCAAUUUGAAGGCAGAGUGUGGUGCUGUGAGGAUGGCCAAAGUCUCGAGGAAUGCGGCGUCCCUCACGCGACCACGGCGACGAGCUCUCCGACGCGCGCAAGCAGCACGUCAUCCCCGACAUCAAGCUCCUCCUCCUCUGGCUCCGCCACACACACGGGAUCCAGUCAGACAGUUACUGGUGGGGAAACACUCUCCACGACGACUGCGUCACAAUGCCCCGCAUCCACGGUGACCUCCUGGGCGACGACAACCGUGAUAUCCACCGUCGGCGUCCCCGCACCCACCGUGACAGUGACAGUGACAAUGCCGGGCCCGGGAUGUGCUCCCUCAACGUCCUUGUCAAGCAGCUUCCCGCCGAGCAGCACGUCGUGGCCAGGCACGGUGACGGACCCUCCCUUCCCAACUUCAGCAGCUUACACGCCACCCAUCUAUUACAAUUCCACAACGACCAGUUUCAUUGUGACCGCCGGAUCUGGACGCUUAGUCGUCAACUCGCUGGGUCUUGUUGUGCUUCUGCUGCAGCUUCUUUGGAUUUGAAAAGUAUGCCGACCAAAACUCAAUAUCGAUUAAGGCGGGGAUGUCUCUUGAGUUUUUCUUCUUUGCUUUCUCAUGCAAGUUUAUAGCAAUUGUCGGAUACCCUAUUAAAGAUGGUUAUUUGUUUCAUUGUUCUGCUGCCAUAGGAGGACGCCGACCGGUGAUUCCGAUAUUAUUAAUUAUCAUCAAGAUCUAUUUGGAAAAUGACUUUAGAUG